UCUACAAGAUGUCUUUGUCAUGCAUUUCAAUAAUUUUUCAAACUUGUUACUUAUCUAGACUUGCCAUUUCAUUUGGCCAAAAAAACACCCAAGUCCCCAAAAGAUUCGUGCCCGGGUAGAGAAGAAAGAUGGGAGAGGUUACAAAUGUCACCGAGUAUCAGGCUAUUGCCAAGGAGAAGUUGCCUAAGAUGGUUUAUGACUACUAUGCAUCUGGUGCUGAGGAUCAAUGGACUCUAGAAGAAAACCGAAACGCUUUUGCAAGAAUUCUGUUUAGGCCUCGUAUUCUAAUUGAUGUGAGCAAGAUAGACAUGACUACCACAAUUUUGGGAUUCAAGAUAUCUAUGCCUAUUAUGAUUGCCCCAACAGCCAUGCAGAAAAUGGCUCACCCUGAGGGUGAAUAUGCAACGGCAAGAGCUGCAUCUGCUGCCAAUACUAUUAUGACUUUGUCAUCAUGGGCAACCUCUAGUGUCGAGGAAGUUGCUUCAACCGGACCUGGAAUCCGUUUCUUUCAACUUUAUGUGUACAAGGACAGGAACGUGGUGGCUCAGCUAGUGAGAAGAGCUGAAAGAGCUGGUUUUAAGGCAAUUGCUCUGACUGUUGAUACACCAAGGCUUGGACGUCGAGAAGCUGACAUUAAAAACAGGUUUACCUUACCACCGUUUUUGACGUUGAAGAACUUUGAGGGUUUGGACCUUGGCAAGAUGGAUGAAGCUGCUGAUUCUGGAUUAUCUUCUUAUGUUGCUGGUCAGAUUGACCGCACCCUGAGCUGGAAGGAUGUGAAGUGGCUCCAAACUAUCACCUCGAUGCCGAUCCUAGUGAAGGGUGUGAUCACUGCAGAAGACACAAGGUUGGCUAUACAAGCUGGAGCAGCAGGUGUUAUCGUCUCCAACCAUGGAGCCCGUCAACUUGAUUACGUCCCUGCCACAAUCAUGGCUUUGGAAGAGGUUGUGAAAGCCGCACAAGGUCGUGUACCAGUGUUUUUGGAUGGAGGUGUCCGUCGUGGAACUGAUGUUUUCAAGGCAUUGGCUCUUGGAGCAUCUGGCAUAUUUAUUGGGCGACCCGUAGUGUUUUCCUUGGCUGCUGAAGGAGAAGCCGGUGUAAAGAAAGUACUUCAAAUGUUACGCGAUGAAUUUGAGCUAACCAUGGCAUUAAGUGGAUGUACCUCACUCAACCAGAUUACUCGUGACCAUAUUGUUACAGAGUGGGAUGCACCCCGUGCUCGUCCAGCCCCACGGUUAUAAACAGAAACAUUGAUAUCAAUGUAUGCAAGCCCGACUCGGUAUCUAAUGAAAAUUUAUAAGGUAUAGCUGCUUGUGUUAUGGUUUCAAAACUUGUUUUGUUUUGUUGUAUAAUGCUCGUUUCAGAAUGAUGUUGUAUGAAUGUAUAAUCCUUAAUUGUCUUUUGCUUACGUUGUUAAAAUUA